AUGGAGUCUAGCGAUUCUGCCACCUCUCCCGUGUCUCCUACCGAGUACCCAGAAAAAAAUAAGACAGAGAUAGGAGAGGAGCAAGCAGCCAGCAAAGAUGCUGCGAAACUCUCUAUGAACGAUGACAUCGAUCCCAACAACGAAGUUAGGGGUACAAAACUCAUCCUUAUCCACGUGUCUAUUUGUCUAUGUACCUUCCUUGUCGGACUUGACUUCAAUCUCAUUGCGACUGCGGUUCCGGUGAUCACAUCUCACUUCAACUCGACCCGCGAUAUCGGGUGGUAUGGUGCCGCCUUUAUGGUGGCUCUUGCUGCCACGCAGCCGCUUGCUGGAAAGAUGUAUACGCUGUUUCCCAAGAAGAUGGUUUUUCUGUCUUACAUAUUCUUCUUCGAGCUGGGAAGUCUAGUUUGUGCCCUUGCUCCAACCUCACAUGCUUUAAUUGGCGGUCGUGUCAUUGCAGGCUUAGGGGCCUCCGGUAUCUUGGCUGGAAGCUUCACUAUACUCACAACCAUUAUUCCUCUGCACAAACGAGCUGUAUGGACUGGUAUCAUGGGCUCGACCUUUUCUAUCGCCAGCAUUGUAGGCCCUGUAUUGGGCGGUGCAUUGACUCAAGAUGCCACUUGGCGAUGGUGCUUUUAUAUCAACUUACCCAUUGGCGGUACCGCUGCCACUGUCUUCUUCUUCCUUGUCCACCUCAAGCCAGCCCCGACUGAGCUGUCACCUCUCAAGGAAAAAUUGCAAAGUAUCGAUGGGCCUGGCCUCGUUCUCUUCGCAGCCUCGAUCACUAUGCUUCUGCUUGCACUGCAGUGGGGUGGUGUUGAUUACGCCUGGUCAUCCUCAGUCAUAAUUGGCCUAUUUGUCGGUUUCGUCGUUGUUCUAUUACUUUUCAUAUUCUGGGACAUUCGUCGUGCUGAUAGUGGUCUGAUCCCAAUCCGUAUCUUCACCGUAAACCGCAACCCAGCAUUACUCUGUAUCGCUGCUUUCUUUGUCAACGGGCCAUUUCAAAUUGUCAUAUAUUGGCUUCCAAUCUGGUUUCAAGGUGUGCUGGGAUCUUCACCUACAGCUAGUGGGGUGAACUUUCUUCCUACCGUGGUUGCGGAUGUGCUCGCUGCCUUCAUCGGUUCGGCCUUUGCAUCGCAACUAGGAUGGUGGAACCCAUUUCUCAUAUUCGGUGCAGCUACAGUCUCUAUCGGUGGCGGCCUGUUGAGCACCAUAUAUCCUGAUAUUUCAGGGGCCCACUGGGUGGGUUAUCAAAUCCUGGGAGGAGUUGGUUAUUCGCUGUCAUCAAACAUAUCACAUCUUGCCAUGCAGAGUUCAAUUCCACAAGAUCUGGUUCCUUUUGGCUCAUCCACUUUGUUGACCAUAAUCUCCACUAGUUGUGCUAUAUUCAUGGCAAUUGGUCAGGCAGUAUUCCAGCAGCUUCUCCAGAAGAAUCUAGGUCCCGUGGUAUCGCAAGAUACCGUCAACAAGAUCAUUGACUCCGGUGUAACCGAUCUGAAGUCCUUAGUGGACCCCGUUGUGUUGGAAACGGUCGUUGAGAAGUACAGUUUAUCUGUUAGACAAGUCUUCUAUAUUCCCGCUGCAGGGCCAGUGAUCUCAGUGUUUCUACUCCUCGGUUGCAAGUGGAUCUCAACAAAGAGUAAACAGAGCCCAGCAGCAGUAGAAAAGACAAACGAGAAUAAUGGGACAGAUGUAGAGCCUGAUAUUUCUGCGUAG